CAAAAUUAAAUUUGUCCGCCAUUAUUGAAAGAAGCUUUGCUGAGAGUUUUACUCCCACAAGCAUGUCAAAGAAGCGUGGGCUGAGUUUGGAAGAGAAGAGGACGCGCCUUUUGGAACUGUUCUUUGAGAAAAAAGAGUUCUUUCUACUCAAGGAGCUUGAAAAAAUUGCUCCCAAGGAAAAAGGAAUCACAUCCAUGUCUGUUAAGGAAGUCUUACAAAGCUUGGUUGAUGACAAUCUUGUGGAUACUGAUAAAAUUGGUACUUCCAUUUAUUUCUGGGCUUACCCAAGCAAGGCAUUGCAUACAAGACAACAGAAACUACAGCAACUCACUGAGCAAAUACAUGAAUGUGAAAAGAAAAUUGCCUCCACCACAAAACUUCUGAAACAAGCCAAUAGUGGCAGAGAGCAGUCUGGUGACAGAGAUGCCAUUCUUCAAGAGCUAUUGCAGAAGGAAAAGCUGUGUAAAGAACAGGAACAAGAGCUUGAGAGAUAUAGAGAAUGUGACCCAGAAGUGCUGGAAAACAUGCAAAAGGAAACAGUAAUGGCAAAAGAAGGUGCAAAUCGCUGGACUGACAAUGUUUUUACCAUCAAGUCCUGGUGUGUCAGGAAGUUUGGAUUGGAAGAGAAAAUGAUUGACAAGAAUUUUGGAAUUCCAGAAGACUUUGAUUAUGUGGAAUAGAUUGAGAUACAGCUAGCUCACAAUGUAAAUAAAGUUGCUAUAAAGAUACAUCUUUUUGGUUUUUUGUGUUCUCUCUGAAGUCAAGUUUAUCUGUUUGGAAACACCCUGAAAUAAAGCAUGUGAUGAAAGCCGUACUUGAGAAUGAUUUUAUAUCUUGAUGGGAACAUAGAGCUAGCAGGAACUGUUGACAUAAUAAUGAUAGCACGAGGAAAGAAACUUUACAUUUUGAUAAUCAAAAUUAAUGAGAUUUUCUUUUCUUUUUCUUGCAGUGUUUCUGAAAAGAGAUAAAAUCAUUUUCUCCAUCUUUCUAUUUAAACAGAAAGACUCAUCAACUGAGUGCAUCUGCAACAGCAACUGAUCCUAAUAGUCUGGAAAUCAAAACAUUAAACUUAGACACUUGUGCCAAGUAUUUGAAUUGGAUUCCGGAGUCAGUUCUUGAUGCCAUUUUAUCUAUACUGUAGGUUUCUCCAAAUUACACACUGCAAGUGAUGUUAUCAACCCAAGAGCAAGAAUAAUUAAGCCAUGUGAUGUUUGAACAAUUUAUAAACCACUGAACCUGAAAGGCCCCCAGUCAUUUUCGAUGUCAUCAAAAUUAUUGAUAUUACAUGGUGAAGUGAAUUUUAUUGCUUUACUGUAAAUUGUGUUCCUGAAAGUAUGUUU